GCUGACAGAUGGGCGACCAGUGGCGAAGGGCGCUUUUGCGCACCGGAGCUUCGUUUUUACGCGCAACGCGCUGCCGGAGGAUGAUGUGCGGAGGGAUCAGCGAGGCCAAGGCAGCCACGGCCGAGACGCAGCAAAUCGCCCAGGAAGUGAAAGGACAAGUGGAAGAGAAAGAAGGAAGAAGCUUUGAAGUCUUUGACGCAGUUGAGUUUAAGACGCAGAUGGUUUCUGGAAUGAACUACUUCAUCAAGGUCCACAUUGGCAAUGACGAGUUCCUUCACGUGAGAGUGUACAAAAGACUCCCUCACGAAAACAAGCCGCUGGAGCUCACCAGUUACCAAAGCAAGAAAGCAAAGCACGAUGAACUAGCUUACUUCUAAGCGCUUCUGCAGAAGCCUUUCUUCCUCUGCCGUUUUUUUACUCAGUUGAAAACCAGAGUUUAUUUUGCCAAAUGCAAAUGAUUUCUCUUCCUU